GCGCAUGCGGACACCUACAUGACACCGGCCAAGUCAAUCAAGUUACAGUAUCCUGAGAUGAACUCCAACGGCACAAUGACCCAACCUCAUCAGUUCUCCUGUGGUGAUCAGCUCUUUGUUCAGAAACCCGAACUAACAGAAUUUAUGGCCGCGCCAUCGCAGCCACCGCAGAACACUGUAGAAGGGCAUUUUCAAUCACAACCGCCUUCCUAUUGUCAUAUGUUCUCGCACCCCGCAACAGCAACAACAACUUCAAACUGCAGUGAUGAAAAUAGUCGGUCCUGCUACACACCGCCAAGCUCUAUUGCCCCUUCCUUCUGCUCAGCUCCUGGCCCCUCAUCUCCAAACUCUGUUUUCUCAUUUAAUCCGCCGCGGUCUCUCAUUGAUAUCAGUCAGCAGUUUUCGUGGCCCGAACAAAAUCGAGACGUGGUGGCCAAUUCCUGUAUUUCCUCAGAACCGGAAUAUGUAAACAGACGCAAGCGCUUCAAGGUUCCAGGGUCUCUGUUUGUGAUAAUGCUGGUGACGAGUUUCAUCUCUAGUAGAGUUUAUAGUUAUUGUGGAUUGGGUGUCGAGAUCACAGGCUACCUGCCCGCAGAAUAUCCCCCACCCAGUGCCCAAAGCACAGGAGGUGACCCAAUUCUUUAA